AUGCUUGCUAACUCCUCCAGAUCCCUGCUACCUUCUUCCAGAAGACUAUUCUCGUCAUCUGCUGCCAGUCUAGGUACCAAGGUGUUCUUUGACACCUCCAUUAACGGCGCCAAGGCCGGCCGUAUCGAGUUCGAACUCUACGAUGACGUCGUCCCAAAGACAGCGGAGAACUUCCGCGCUCUGUGUACCGGCGAGAAGGGUUGGGGCUACAAGGGCGUCCCAUUCCACCGGAUCAUCCCAGACUUCAUGUUGCAGGGCGGUGACACGGACCUCACCAACGGCUUCGGCGGAAAGUCCAUCUACGGCGCCCGCUUCCCAGACGAGAACUUCACCAAGAAGCACACGCGGGCCGGCCUGCUCUCCAUGGCCAACGCGGGCCGGAACACCAACGGGUCCCAGUUCUUCAUCACCACCGUGCCCUGCCCAUGGCUUGACGGGAAGCACGUGGUGUUCGGCGAGGUCACCAAGGGUAUGGAUGUCGUGAAGGCCAUUGAGUCCUACGGCACCGGCAACGGCCAGCCAAGCGCUAAGGUUGUCAUCGAGGACGCUGGUGAGCUCAAAGAAUAA